AUGUCAUCCGAACUUUCCAACGAGGACGCCUACGGCAAAAUGUUGACAGACGGAUUACGAAAGCUUGAACUGCAUAAUGACUCUGUUGCCGCUACUUCUGCUGCCCCUGAUACAACACAUGAAGAUGCCGGGGUUACGAAAGACUUGAAUAUCCCAGGAGUUCCAUACGCUAUUCUUCCUUCACGGGCUGCUUCAUCUGCACACGUCCGUGAAGGGUAUGGAUUCCGGCCAACAUCUGGCUUCUCGACACCGGCAUCUGCUGUCCCUCGGGAGACUGACAGCCCGCUUCCGGACCCAAACGGACUGGGUUGGCCAGCGAAGUCAACUGUAGCAAGGUUGAACGCCACUCCAGCUGAGAAGGCUGCGCGAGAGCAGCGACUUGCCGAGGCUGUCCGCACAGUACUUGAGUGCAUCGGAGAAGACCCUGACCGCGAGGGCUUACAACGAACUCCGAUUCGAUACGCACAAGCUUUGAUGUGGAUGACGAAGGGCUACGAAGAGCGCCUCGCCGAUGUGAUCAACGACGCCGUCUUCGCCGAGGAUCAUGACGAAAUGGUUCUUGUGCGCGACAUUGACAUAUCCAGCUUGUGCGAACACCAUCUUGUGCCAUUCACUGGCAAGAUCGCGAUUGCAUACAUUCCUAAUAAGCUCGUUUUGGGAAUUUCCAAGCUUGCACGAAUAGCAGAGACGUUCAGUCGCCGGUUGCAAGUACAAGAGCGUUUAACGAAGCAGAUUGCGCUAUGCGUACAAGAAGCCAUUAAGCCGCGCGGUGUCGCAGUCGUCAUGGAGGCUACGCACAUGUGCAUGACUAUGCGUGGUGUGCAGAAGCCUGGCGCGAUGACGGUUACGUCCUGUAUGCUGGGAUGCUUCAGGACGCAGCAGAAGACGCGCGAGGAGUUUUUGACCCUCAUCAAGCGGUAA